UCCCUGCGCCCCCCUCGCCCCCUCAUCCGUGCCUUUGUGCAGCUGCGGCAGUCCAGCGCGACCCCGAUGGCCUCGUAGCAGCCGCCGGACUCCGGGCAGCCCUGUUCACGCGCGCGGACACACACGGCCCGUCUUCCACAUGCAUCCGGGACUGGCGGGACUCGCGGCGGAGAUGCUGAGCGGCGUCACCUGCAGGGCCAGGCCGAGGAUCGGCAGCCUCCUGCUGGCCCCGGCCAGCGCCGCACUGCCGCCGCCGCCGCCGCAGCCGCUGUCGCUGUCGGUGACGGGGAGCCGCAGGUUUCGCUCCACGUCCUCCAUGCAGGGCUUUUCGGAGCUGGCCAGAGAGCGCUCCAAGACCGUCACGUCCUUCUACAACCAGUCCGCCAUCGACGCCUCGGCGGAGAAGGCCUCUGUGCGGCUGACCUUAGCGACCCUGCUGUAUUCUGGGAAAUCUCCCGAUGGGCACCACGUCUUGAGCAGUGCCAAGUACCUCCACAAGGAGCUUCCUGUGCGGAUCGCCCAUCGCAUCAAGGGUUUCCGCAGCCUGCCCUUCAUCAUCGGGUGUAACCCCACCAUCCUGCAAGUGCAUGAACUCUACAUCAGAGCCUACCACAUGCUCAGCGACUUCCCCCAGAUCAAGGACCAGGACAUGGAGGCUCGCUUCUGUAAACUGGUGCAGCAGCUGCUGGACGACCAUAAAGACGUGGUGACCAUGCUGGCCCAGGGCUUCAGGGAGUGUCGCCGCCACAUCCAGGACGAGACGAUCAUCCGCAACUUCCUGGACACGACGCUGUGCUCCCGCCUGGGGAUCCGGAUGCUGGCCACGCACCACCUCGCCCUCCAGGAGGAUAACCCUGAUUUUGUGGGAAUCAUCUGCCGACGCCUGUCUCCCAAAAAGAUCAUCGAGAAGUGGGUGGACUUUGCCAGACGUCUGUGCGAACACCAGUACGGAAACUCCCCCCGGGUGAGGAUCAACGGCCACGUGGCGGCCCGCUUCCCCUUCAUCCCGCUGCCUCUGGACUACAUCCUGCCGGAGCUGCUGAAGAACGCCAUGAGGGCAACGAUGGAGAGCCACCUGGACACGCCCUACAACGUUCCCGACGUGGUCGUCACCAUCGCCAAUAACGACAUCGAUUUUGUCAUCAGGAUCUCCGAUCGCGGCGGAGGCAUCCCCCACCACAUCAUCGACAAGGUGAUGGAUUACCACUUCAGCACGGCCGAGGAGAGCGCGCAGGACCCCCGCAUGAGCAACAUCUUCAACAACAUCACCAACAGCGGGAACCAGUCCAGCCCCAUGCACGGGUUCGGCUUCGGCCUGCCCACCUCCAGGGCCUACGCCGAGUACCUGGGCGGCUCGCUGUCCAUCCAGUCCAUGCAGGGCAUCGGCACCGACGUCUACCUGCGCCUGCGCCACAUAGACGGCAAGGGGGAGAGCUUCAGAGUGUAGGCCGCGGAAAAUCCCUCCCAUUUCACGGCGCGGGGCCGUGCCGCGCAGCAGCGCCGAGGGGCCCCCCGCCCUGAGGCCCGGGGGCCAGAAUGAGGCGUUUGGGCCACCAAACCCCCCCCCUCCGAGAAUCCAUCAUCCCCACGACUCGUUCUCUCCGUUCUGUUUGGCCGUAGACGGAUUGUAAGCUAUGUUAGCUCUCAGAUCGAUGGUUUCAGCUGUUUCUCCUCCGUGUUUUCCGCGCCCUCAGUCGGGCGGAUGAACUUCUGAGUUUCUGGUUUAUCGGGACAAACUGUGCAUGAAAGUGGGACGACGGCGAGACGAGAGCGAAGAACUUCAGUUUUAAGGAAGUUCACUUUGAAGUUACUUAUUCUUUAGCCUCAAACUAGAAACCUUUUGGUGGUCUGUGUAUCAAAUGAAUCUUCUGAGACACUCCAGCUUCGCCUGUCUACAUCUCCUGAAACAUCAGCAGGAUGUUCAGUUUCGAACUUUUUAUUUUUUUCUUUGUGUUGCUUUUUUGUUCUUUCAAGUAGAGAUGGUGUCGGUGUUAUCAUGCCGUGAAAACCUCAUCUGCCGCGGCUCUCGCACGCAGAAAACUGCCAAAACACCAAAAGCUCAUUAAGGCGCGGUUCAGCAGUGUUCCUGUGGAAGCCAACCGAGUCCCGCUGCCUCGCUGCGGGACUCCACUCCUCCAACUGCAUGCUCUGCAUUUGAUUUCUCGUCUUCCUCUUGUUGCCUUUUGUUGGUUUUCAGAGAUGCACACCUUGUUAGUCGGUCAAUUUCAUAACAUUUUUUUGCACAAUGAAAAGAUUCCCAGUUGUUAAAGCUCGACAUUUGCACCUGUAAAGCAGCUUUUUUUUUCCUUCAUUUUUUUGAAAACUUUGUGACAACUUUAAAAUUAACAAUAUACCAGAAAAGUAUUGUCUAAUAUUUUGUCCUUUUUUCAGUUUUAUCUAAACAAAGUGUGUUAGGUGUGUUUUAAAUUGACGUUAAGGUCACAUUUCAGAGUUCCUGGAUGUUCGGCUGUGGGGGAACUGGACUGACUGAGGCGAUUUCAUUGUUUUUGAUCCGUUUUCAUCCAGGUCGCAGCUUGAUAGUGUCAUAUCUCCCUUAGUUUCUAAAUGUUUCCAGCUCUGUGUGCUUUUUUUACCGCUGUGGGAGAGAAGUAUCUGAAUGAAGCAGUGAUCCUGUGGCACAUCUGACUUGGCCCUAUACUGAUCUUUUGUGUUAGCCAGUCUUGUUGCAGUAAGUUAAAAUUGUGGCUACAGAAAAAAAAACUUUAGAAUUCUAAACAUCUCCGGAUAUGACACAAACACUCACCUUUUUUGUUUGUUUGUUUUAUUUUGUUUUGUUAUUUUAUUGUUUCCUUCUGUGAACGCAGCGAGCCUCUGCGGCCUUCAGCUCUCAACACAUGAAAUCUUACACUUUUCCCACUUCAACACUCCUGAAGUUCCUAAAAUUUGUUUCGUCGCCACAAACACUCCUCGCAUUCUGUUGCACAUUCCCCAGAGGGAGGCAGAUGUCAAAUAACAGGUCAGCUUUUACGUUAGUUUUGGUUUUCAUUCAGGAAAAAAAAAUGUUCAAGGUACUCUUAGCAUUUUUUCUUUUUAACCUGAAGGGGCAUUUGGAAUAAAAAGCAGCUUUUAUCAAGACUUUGUAAGAUCUCGCAAGUUGUAUGAACUACCUUCUUAAAAACACAAGAUUUUCUUAGCCUCGUUUUAGACGUUUAUAUUCGAAGAUGUUUAAAUGUUAUAAAUUGUAGACAUUACAAGAGCACUAUGAUGUCUCCGCUGUAUCGCGAAUUAUGAACGUUUUCAUUUAUUUUGAGUAUUUUUAAACAUGCAUCUAACUGUAAUCCUGCUAAAGUUUCAGCUCAGAUGAAAGCGUCGCUUCUAGUUUGAGGGUCUCGGGUUUAGUUUGAGGGAGGAACCCCCCACUGGUCCACGGUGAAGGUAGUUUCUACAUUUAGCGUUUGCCAGUCGAUCUGAAGGCUGAGGGAGGCAGACGCGCUGCGGUCGGCCUUCGGCUGGCCUCAGACGGCGGAGCGGACCACUGAACUG